AUCAGAAUUCGCUGUUUAUUUUAUCUAUAAAUCGACGCUUUGCCGAUCGUAGUUCAGUACAAGCAAACCCCUUGGAUACUAACCUAGUCUAAGGAGUUAAUUUGUGUUUAAAAAAGUAAAAUAAUAAUAAUAAAUAAAGUGCUAUUAUGAGCUCUGACGGAAUCCCACAAAAAGGCCAGCCCCCACCAUACGACAGCGGUGCUGAAGCGUCAAGCGGAGUCAGAUACCAAAGCGGUCCAGCUCAACCACAAAUGGUGGUCCCAGUAGUCAUGGCCCACCCCAUGGGGCCCAAACCUACCCCAUUCACCUGCCCAUCAUGCAACCAACAGGUUGUCACCAGGGUAGAGCACAAGUCCACAACUAAGACACAUUUGUUCGCACUCCUGCUUUGUCUAAUAUGUUGUCCCUGUGUCUGCGUGCCUUACUGUGUGGACAGUUGUCAGAAUGCUGACCACUACUGUCCGAACUGCAGCGCAUACAUCGGCAGCUACAACCAUUAAUUCAAACGAAGAGUGCUAUAGGUUUCUAACAAACAACUUAAUGUCGAAGACAAUGCGAUAAGCGUUAACAAUAACGUAAUCUUAUCUCGCUAGUUCUAUUUUGCCAACAUGACCUCAUGUUCUAACAAUUCAUCGAUUACUUUUCAAUGGAAAACUACGAUGAAUUAAUAAUACUUUUCAGCAGUUUCCUUCCAAAUUUCCUGUUUAAAGUUAACGAUAAAAUAUUCUAUAGAUAUGAUAAAAAAAUGAUAACAUUUUUUCCUGUCGAGUUGAUAUCAUAUCAACGCUAUUUUCUCUAUUACCGAGAAAAUGGUUAAAGACUUUUCAAAUACACAUGACAAUACUAUUGUAUGUGAACUAAAAUGUAUUAUUUAUUAUGAAAUUAUGCAUGACAUAAUUUAUGCGGGUAAGUUAAGUAUAUACCCGCAUAAAUAAAGGUCCUCGGCUUCAUGGGUGGAAGUCCCCAUAGUAAUUUUAUAGGCCUACAAAAGUCUAUAUGCUUUAAUUACCUGUGGAUUAGUAUAUAAUGUGUGUUUGUAAUGUUAAUAUUUUGUGUUGUUAUUGUAAUAAAACUAUCUACAUUUUAAUACAAAUAAGAUAACUGUAAA